GCGUCUCCUCCCCCGUCUCCUCUUCCCCCGUCGCCUCCUCCCCCGUCUCCUUCUCCCCCGUCGCCUCCUCCCCCCAGCGUCCCGCCGCCCUCUCCUCCCCCGCCCUCCCCCCCCGGCGGCAACAAGCCUUCUCCUCCUACCCCAGUCACCAAGCCCUCGCCCCCUUCGCCUAAGUCGCCCCUUCGCCCCCCUCCCACCGCCUUCCCUUACUGCAACUGCGACACCUUCUCCACCAGCUCCUUCCCCUGGCGCAUGAGCGUGCUUAACAAGACCGCCAUCACCAUCAACGGUGUGGCCGCCGAGCGCAUCUGCCUGAAGCUCUACGUGGACGCCAACGCCGCCGCCGCCUGCAACAACCAGUGGGGCUGCUGCAAGCAGGACCUGCAGCGCUUCGAGCUGCUGGCCAACGGCGCCUGCAAGGGCUCCAUCACCCCCUUUACCCUCACCGGCACCACCGACAUCAAGUCCUCCUUCCUCUGGGACUCCACCCGCCCCGUCCUCAAGUUCACCAACAUCAACCUGCCGUACGCUACGGGCGUUACCGGCGGCGCGAUGUGCUUCUCGCUCAAGGGCCCUGGUUGCACCAAGCUGUCGCAGCUCUGCCCCGGCGGCUCUUGCCUGGCUGCGGUCUUCAACCCCCCGGGCAACAACUGCUGCCCCAAGGUUACCCUUACCGUGUAAUUGGUUUUGAACAUGGUGACUGAUUAAGUUGCGCGCGCGUGAUGGAAAGCGUUGUCUUUUGACACAGCAUUAAUUUGGUGACAGAAAGUUCUUAUGAAUUGUGUUGGAACGUAUAAAUGCAUAGGCGCGGGUUUGAGGGGUGGUGGUGAAAGGGUGCAGGGUUUUAUGGGAAACGUACGGUUUCCCGGUGCUAUAAGGGUGGAGCGUGCGGUUUAAUUGAUGCGGUAGCUUUCCUUGGUAGCUCCUUUGCUCUCCUUCACAUCUUGAUAAAUAACAGAAGUUGGUUUGUACGUGCAUAUGACAAACUUUCGCGCAGGGGUUUGUCCUGGAAUUUAUGUUUGAAGACCUCGAAGUCUUUGCGGCGAUGGUUGCAGCAGUGAUGAUAUGACCGUACGCUUCAUCGUGAGCGAAGCGCCCCAAAAGGGAAGCUAUGCAGGUUGCCUGUCGCAGGUGUUCCCUGCAGCUUAGGGAACUACUGGUUAAUAUGUGUUGCCUUGUGUGAACAUGAUUUGUACGCGCACAGCGUGCAUUGACCUGCACCUGCUGUCUCACCAAGUCACCAAGUUGCAUCUCAACCAACGUGACAACGGUGCCGUCCAUCUUGCUCCAGAUUGGAUGCUUGGAUUGCAGUCCUGCGAUUAAGGACAAUGUUUAGACCGGUUGUUCGCAGCAGGGGUGUCCGCGCAUCUGACGAGAGAGCAUGCUUAAGAGCGUUGCAGCACGCUGGUUGCUUUUUGUCUGUCCGUGCGACGUUUGGUCGGUUGCGUGUGACCUGCAUGUUAACCCUAUGGGCGCCGGACUGAUUGGGGAGAGGACUGUUGCGACGAUGUACGACGUCUUUGUUGGCUUC